GCCCGCGACGCCUGGCUCCGGACCCCGCUGGCCCCCGGCGAGAUGAUCACGGCGCAGAGCGCGCUGCUGGAGAGGGAAGCGCAGGAGUCCAGCACCACCGACGAGGAGCUCGCAGGCCGGAGAGCGGCCAACGGGAGCAGCGAGAGGGGCGGCGCCGCCAGCACCCCCGACUACGGGGAGAAGAAGCUGCCACAGGCGCUCAUCAUCGGGGUCAAGAAAGGAGGGACCCGCGCGCUGCUGGAGGCGAUCCGAGUACACCCGGACGUGCGGGCGGUGGGCGUAGAGCCGCACUUCUUCGACAGGAACUACGAGAAGGGGCUGGAGUGGUACAGAAAUGUGAUGCCUAAGACUUUGGAUGGGCAGGUGACCAUGGAGAAGACGCCGAGUUACUUUGUGACGAAUGAGGCUCCCAAGCGUAUCCACGCCAUGGCCAAGGACAUCAAGCUCAUUGUGGUGGUGAGAAACCCCGUGACCAGGGCCAUCUCCGACUACACCCAGACACUGUCCAAGAAACCCGAGAUCCCCACCUUCGAGGUACUGGCCUUCAAAAACCGGACCCUAGGGCUGAUCGACGCCUCCUGGAGCGCCAUUCGAAUAGGGAUCUAUGCUCUGCACCUGGAAAACUGGCUCCAAUACUUCCCCCUCUCCCAAAUCCUCUUUGUCAGUGGUGAGCGACUCAUAGUGGACCCUGCCGGGGAAAUGGCCAAAGUACAGGAUUUUCUAGGCCUCAAGCGUGUGGUGACUGAAAAGCAUUUCUAUUUCAACAAAACCAAGGGGUUCCCUUGUCUCAAGAAGCCAGAAGACAGCGGUGCCCCCAGAUGCUUAGGCAAGAGCAAAGGUCGGACUCAUCCCCACAUCGACCCAGAUGUGAUCCACAGACUGCAGAAAUUCUACAGACCCUUCAACAUGAUGUUUUACCAAAUGACUGGCCAAGAUUUCCAGUGGGAACGGGAAGAGGGUGACAAAUGA